CACCUGCCUCAUUAGAGAAAUCGCCUCCUAACGGUUCAAAGCUUUAACCGACUUCUCCGGAUCGAAAGCUAUAAUUUGUGCUCCGCCGUAGAGACAACGACACUUCGACGCACGAGCACCGAGUACACCAGCAUCGCUUCGCAUCGCAUCGCAUCGCAUCGCAUAGUAUCCAAACGGGUUUAGGUUUUUGUCGCUCAACCACAUCGGAUUGCAACGGAUGAUGGCCAUUAGGAACAGUCAUCGUGUCCUUGCCAUCUGGACGGCUCUGGCCCUCCUGCUGACGCACGGCAGUCAUGUUGUGGAUGCCCGCCGUAACCAAGGCAACAACCAGCGGAAGACCUCCUCAUCAUCAUCCUCCUCCUCUGGCUCCAGCUACGGUCACGUGACCCAGCCAAGCUACAACACCAAUGGCCAUGGAGCUGGCAACUCGCACGCCGAUGUCGCCAAGCUGAGCUAUCCGAACUACAAUUCCCAGCCCAACCGACCGCCCAGCAGCGGCAGUGCUCCCCAGCCCGGCUGGAAUGUGCCCCAGGGCCCGCCUCCAGCCUACUCUGCCUCCAAUCCCGUUGGAGGAGCUCGUCCCAACAUGCACGAACAGCCGCCGGCAUAUCAUGCUCCCAACUAUGGUGCUGCUCCGCCCAGCUAUGGGGCCGCCACUGGAUCGAAUGUCCACCAACCGAUUACCGCCACCCAGAACCAUGGCACCCAGUACUCGGGUGUGCCUGCCGGUGCUACUUACUAUCCUGCCGGCCAUACCGGUGGUGGGUAUCCUUCGAAUCUGCCUGCCGGCGCCACCUACUAUCCUUCGGGUGGUCAUGUUCCCAUGGCUGGUGGCUAUCAUCCUGCAGCUGCAGCUCCUCCUCCGGGUGCCACCUACUAUCAGGCUGGUUCGGCUCUGCCACCCGGUGCCACCUACUACUCCUCGCCGCCGCAGCAAUCCUCCUCGGGUCUGGGUUUCGGAACUGGUCUCUUGGCUGGCGGCUUGGGCGGCGCUCUGUUGGGUCACGCUCUCACACCCUCCGGGGGCAGCUCCUCCUCGCAGCCGGUUGCCGCAGCUCCUGCCGCUGGACAGGAUCGCAUCAUCAUCAUCAACAAUGGAGUGCCGGUGAAUGCCACUGAUGGCACAACUGUCAUCAAUGCUGGUGGAGUGGCAGCCGCACCAGGAGCAGCUGCUGCCGGAGCAGUACCAGCAAUGAACGCCACCCAAGAUGCCCAGCCAGCUGUACCCAUGGCUCCAAUGGCUCCCUUCAAUCCCGAGGCCUCCAACAUGACGGCUCCGAAUGCCACGGAUGCUGGAGCACCGCCACCACCGGGCGGUAUCAUUUGUGUGCCCACCAAGGUGAACGAAACGGAUCCGAACGACAGCACCAAGAUGGUCGAGGUGGAGAAGAUCGCCUGCUAUCCGGCACCGCCGCCACCAGCAGCUCCUGCAGGCGAGGGCCCAGCACCCCUGGCGCCCAUGGCACCCGUCCAGCCCGGCUCCCAGCAGGUGCAACAGGCACCAGAUGUGGCCAGCCCUGUCCAGGCGUCCGUCAAGUCGAAUACCAAUGGAGCUCCCGCUUUGAACUCGGGUCUGAUGGCUGGAGUGACAUCGCUGCUAUUUGGUUUUGUGGCCAGGCGCUUUGCAUUCGCUGGCUACUAGAAAGUUAUCCGCUUCUGGAACGUUCCAAGCUGCAUUGUUGGCAGUUGGCUGCUUCUCUCAUCCUCCCAUCCCCCAUCCCCCAUUACCCAUUACCCAUUCCCCCCCCGAAGACCUUUAAAUAUUCCACUUUUUUGCUGUAUUUCUUUGUGCCCUCCAAGCUUUCAAGGUCUUGUGUUUGUUAUUUGUGUUAUUUUGUUUUUUUUUGUCACCAAUGGCGCAAUUUGUUUUUCUGUCCAAGAUCGAUAUGUGGAUAUGAGGAGUGUCCGGUGGCCAGUUCUGCAGGCGCUAAUUGGACAACAUUUCGUUAAUUUACGCCGUACCAUCUCCGAUAACCCAGUAUUUCCCCUUUUAAUAGUACCCAGUAAUUAGAAUACUAAUUAUUCUGUUAAUUAAUCCGUCCUCUGCCCGUUAAUUAAUCUAUAUCCUCCGCUCAGCCUUUAAAUGUGAUUACGAUGGGCAAGCCAUCCCAAAAAAAAAAAAUAUAGAAAUGUUUAAUCAUUCGAAUAUAUAUAUAUUACUAACUAUUAGUAACAAUUACUCAAAAAAGAAAACCCUUUUAAAGAAUGACAUAAUUGAGUGCCAGCAGCGAGGGCUCUCACUAAAAAGUGUAUUAUAUAUAUUUUUCUAUAGAAUUGUUAGCGUAACUGUUGCCUAUUUUAUUUGUUUGUUUGUAUUUGUUGUAAGCAAUUGUAUUUGUUGCACUCUACUCCUACUCAACAACAUCGUUAUAAAUAAACGCUUUCGCCUUAAAACACCCAUAGCACCAA